UGACGUCAACAACCCUCAUCGAAUAUUCAAAAAUAAUUACAAUAAUGCAAAGAAAGGAUAGGCUGGAGCUUGACAGCCCGCGGUGCCGCUUUGUGGACAACGAUUCCAAUUGCUAGGGCGGAGGGACAUGCAUCUUGUCAUUAUAUCCACACUAUUUGGUAUCUCGUCAUUAUAUCCAAAUCUCUGCCCAGACAGAAUCAUUGUCAGGUCGGGCUCGAAACAUAAUACACUUCCGGUUGCAUAAAAAAAUUGCAGCUACCGACACAGCUGGAGUGGGGGAGGCCUUCCUCUAGUGAAAGCGAGCUACUGGGGGGAAUGGGUGACGUUUGAUCGAGAAAAGGUUGUCUACAAACUGGUAAGCCAUAUCCAAGAGAUGGAUGACGGCAGCGCCUACAUAGAGUUUGACGUGCCAGAGUUCAGCAACACCGUCCUCAACCAGCUCAACGACUUGCGUCUGCAGGGGAAGCUAUGUGACAUUAUCGUUCACAUCCAGGGCCAACCGUUCCGGGCCCACAAGGCCGUGCUGGCGGCCAGCUCACCGUACUUCCGCGACCACUCAGCCCUGGGAACCAUGAGCGGCCUGUCCAUCUCCGUCAUCAAGAACCCUGAUGUGUUUGAGCAGCUGCUGGCCUUCUGCUACACUGGCCGCAUGUCCCUGCAGCUCAAAGAUGUCAUCAGCUUCCUCACAGCAGCCAGCUUCUUGCAGAUGCAGGCCGUCAUUGACAAGUGCACCCAGAUCCUGGAGGGAAUCCACUCCAAGAUCAGCAGCGCCACCAGCCCAGACGAGGGCUCCCAGGCCAGCCGCAACGGUGUUAAAGACAGCAGCCUCUUCAUCAACCCCACACAGAUCUCCCCCCCUUACUACUCCAGACACAGCAUAGAGGCCCGCUCUGAGCUAGCAGCAGGGAAAGGCCAUGGCAGGGCGCGGCACCAGGAGGAGGGCCAGUCAGACCGCGGCAGCAGUGACAGUGUGUCAGAGCAGGAGGCAGCCACGGAGGGAGAGACUGAGCAGGUGGAGCUGAUUGGGAAGGACGGCCAGGUGACAGACGUGCAUGUGAAGCUGGAAAAGACGGACCGGCCCAGCUACUCCGACAGCUCCUCGGCAGGCGACGAUGGCUACCACACAGAGCUGGUGGAUGGAGAGCAGGUGCUGGCUGUCAGUGUGGGCUCCUAUGGUCCUGUCAUCCAGGCAGCUGGCUACACUUACUCAGGCCUGUCAUCUCCCUGCUUCGUGAGCCUCAGCAGCUCCAGCCCCUCCCGCUCCAUGCUCAGUGGCUUCAGGGGCGGCCGGGCCAGAGCCAAGCGCCCCCCUGUAGCCUUCCCAGCAGAGGUCCUGAGUCAGAUCAAACCAGGAAACGCAGAGGACAGCAGCGAAGCAGUGUUGGGUCAAGCAGGCUUUGAGAAUGACGUCCAGGAACGGAGCCUGCGCAGCCAGUGGUACCCCUACAACGAGAGGCUCCUCUGCAUCUACUGCGGCAAGUCCUUCAAUCAGAAGGGCAGCCUGGACCGCCACAUGCGCCUGCACAUGGGAAUCACACCCUUUGUCUGCAAGUUCUGCGGCAAGAAGUACACUCGUAAGGACCAGCUGGAGUACCACAUCCGCGGCCACACGGACAACAAGCCCUUCCACUGUCAGAUCUGUGGCAAGUGCUUCCCUUUCCAGGGAACUCUCAACCAGCACUUGAGGAAGAAGCACUUGGGGGCCACAGAGGGCACCAAUCACAUGGACUCUCCAGAGAGAACGGAGGGGAGCUCUGGUCAGAAAGACCCAGAGGAUGCCUCUGAGGGGAUGGCCUUUGAGACGCAGUAUGUUGAGGAGGCUCCGGCCACUGACAUGGAGGAGAGCUCAAAGUGUAGCCCUGAGGAAGCCCAGGCAUCCAGGUGUGAUUUUUAGGCCCCUGUUCUGGUUGAGGAAGCUUUAACAUGUUUUGUUUUUUGUUGUUUUUUUAUGUUUAGAAUUUCUUUUGGAAGCGGCUCCUUCAAAUGUUGCAUCUACCUUGUACUUCCAGGUUUUCUGCCUGUCCAUUUUUAGUGAAAGUAGAAACAUAGAAAAAGAAAAGGGUGCUUUUUAAAAAUAGAUUAUUUCAAAAGGAAGGAGAAUCAACUUGCGAUUGAUAAGGUGGCCUCAAUAAUCAAGGCCUCCUUGUUGUUUUUGUUUUCUCUUUAAUCUUUCCAUGUUUUUAAAACAUAUUUACAGAGUAAUAUAGGCAUGUUGCAAUAAUUGAUAAUAUGAAAGCUCUGCUGCUUGUCACAAGUUUUUACCUGACCUGUUUUUGCACAUGUGGCCAAAGGUGGUCACUUUACUCACAAGGAAUUAUUUUUCUGCAAGUGCAAAGCUUCAUGUGACAUAUCUGUUCAAUACCUCAUGAUACAACUACAUACUCAUAACAGACAGUAUUUUAUGAAACUCCACCAGGUUCUACCUCAUAGCUAAGAACCUAACAGGAUCAGAAGUGUUUUCCGUUUAAAAAAACAAACAGUUUUGUUUUAUGGUCUAUGUGUUAUAUUUGCCAAACUCUAAGAAGAUCAAUCCUCAGUCUCAACACAACGCCUUGAUACUGUAGACUAAUGUUCCUUGCUGGUUGUAUGAACUCUGGACCUUGUCCAUCAGUUCAUGGUCAACAAGGAUGUAAUGUGGUCGAAGAAAGGAUUUGCUAUAUUUAAGCAAUAAGACCCGGGGAGGUGUGGUAUAAGGUCCAUAUACCACGGUUAAGUGCUCUUACGCACAAUGCGACGCGGAGUAUAUUGGCCAAAUACCACAAACCCUUGAGGUGCCUUGUUGCUGUGAUAAACUGCUUACCAAUGUCAUUAGAACAUUUACAAAAUAUUUAAGGGAUCAUACCCAUGGUAUAUGGUCUGAUGUACCAUAGCUUUCAGCAAAUCAGCAUUCAGGGCUCAAACCACCCACUUUAUAAUGGUGCAUAAGAAAUAUUAAGUAUGUUGUAUGUUUUCAUUGAGCAAGCUCAAGGACAGUGGAUAGAGUACAAUAGUAGAACACAAUACAUUACAUGAUUUCCACUAUCUCUAUAGCCAAGAUCUAGUUUGCUUUUCAGAACACACAGGAGCAGAUUCCACUUAUCUGUCUCUUUUUUUACCCAGUGAAGUUCACAUGCAGUUGGCCAUGGUGUGUUUUACAGAUGUGAUUCUAUCUAUUAAUCGACAUGGGAUCAAUGAUUGAGCCCGACACAGUAAAAUCAUUGGAGUGUCUUCCAUUCUGAUGGUGUUUAGUUAAUUAUUCUCAACCUGUUUAUGUGAAACUGUUUUUUAUCUGUGUGGAGAUGAUGCUCAGUGCAGAGUUCUCCUCAUUAGCUUGGCACAGCAGGCGCAGCGCUGCCCUGGAUCUGUGCAUGGAAUCAAUAUGCUCACAGUAUGCAAACAGGGAGAAGGGAAUAUCCGCCAUCUUGUCAUGGCAGUUUUUGUUCACUCCAUUUCAUGAGAACUCUUGUUCUGCUCUUUUGUUUUAAUUGACUGUUUCUGCCUUUUCCUGAUCAGACACAACUGUUGAGAUGAGGGGAUAAAAUGGGAAAGCGUGUAGUCUCAUUGAUGCUUCAUUAGAAAUUAAGAGUUUGAUGGACAAAGGGUAGAGGGUUGUGAGAUGAGGUUGUGAACCAAAGUAAUGGUGCACUUUUUGUGAGUAAAAUAGUGGCAGUUAAAGUUAAGAGCAGUGGUGACUGGUGACCAUCAGUUUAUUGUGACAGAAAUAGGCUUUUUAAAAGUCAAUGAUCAAAUUAUUACUGCAUCAGUCAGUGUAAGUCCAUUUGAGAACAGAUUGGUAGCUAGCUUUUUCAGUGUUAAUUGGUAAAUAAUAAUCAUAGGGCACUGCUGGCAUCGGGGAUGGUGCUCUGCUUGUUUAGAGAUUAGCUGGGCUUUCAGGGCUCAGCGGUUGGAUGAAUGUCACAACUUUUGUUAAAGAUUCCAUUUUUCAUAUCGUCAUAAGUCACUAAUGCACACUAUGGUUGGGGUGGGAGGUAGGCUGUGUUUGUCAGAUGUAUAUUGCAUUACAUGGCUAAGCAUUGCAAUGCACAAUGCCAUGGCAUAGUUUAGGUGGCGAAUGGGAUUUCAAUAUUCUUAUUGUGUGAUAAGUUUUUAAUAAUAUGGGCCUAAAUUCUGAUAAUUAUUGCUCUAACGUCCUAGCCCAGAUCAAGCUCUUUAUUUGGUAGGUGCGGUUAAGAUCAGGUGGAAAGCUGAUCCUUAAAAAGCACUUUUUGUCAACAGUCAUUUUGCUCCAUCACCCCUCUGCUUGCUGACUUGCUAUUUCAGCAGUGAGUUGCCGUCCUUGUAUCCUGUUAUCUUUUAGUUUUUACACAUGAACACACAAAACUAUAAUUACAGUAUUGCAAGGAGCUAGCAGGCUCACUGUUUAGAGAGAAAUGUCCCAAAAAGCCCAGAGGUCCAGGUGGGUGUGGACAAGAGAAUUUCCUCUUCAUUUAAUGUAGCACCACCAUUUACUAUGCCUGUUUGUUAUUUUUCGGUUGUUUGCUGCAUCUUUUUUUUUUAUCACAUUACCAUCCCCUUGCCUUUGGCAGAACUUGGUUCUGUGAUUUUCUUUUCAUAUUGGUAUUGUGCAGUUUUGCAUGUAUUUCCAUAUUGUGUAAUGUUAGGUCACCAAUGCAGUCUUUUCUCCACUGACUGCUCACUACACAUGUGGUUAGCUCAUUGUUUCACCAGAUACUGUUGUAAACUGUUCCGUUUACAACCAAAAGGACCCUUCUGUGAUUCAGUGAGUUAUCUGAUUCACUGUCUCCAUGUCUUAUUGCUUGCUGAUCAGUGACAGGCCCUUCCCUUUUUGAUUUAUUUGUGUAUUUCUCCAUCAACAGAACAUAUGCUUGACAGUGUUGUCCAAAGUCAGCCACAGUCUAUUUUCCUCUGUCUUGGAUAAGUCUGGGAUAUUUAUGUUACGCUCUAUGUGGUAAUGCACUCUGCACAUUUGCAGAACCAUAUCUGUAAAGUCUUAACCCUGCUCUUAUUGAUUCUGUCCCUCUGUCCCCCUACUGAUUUUAGAAUGGGGAAUCGAUACUGAACAAAGUUAUAAAUGCAACCAUUUUUUAUUUUACUGAGUUACUGUUCAUAUAAGGAAUUCAGUCAAUUUAAAUAAAUUCAUUAGGCCUUAAUCUAUGGAUUUCACAUGACUGGUAAUACAGAUAUGCAUCUGUUGGUCACAGAUACCUUUUAAAAAAGGGGGGGGUGGUAGGAACGUGGAUCAGAACCAAUCCGUGUCUGGUGUGACCACCGUUUUGCCUUGUGUAGUGUGACAAAUCUCCUUAGCAUAGAGUUGAUCAGGCUGUUGAUUGUGGCAUGUGGAAUUUUUUCCCACUCUUCUUCAGUGGCUGUGCGAAGUUGCUGGUAAUUGUUGGGAACUGGAACACGCUGUCGUACACGUCGAUCCAGAGUAUCCCAAACAUGCUCAAUGGUUGACAUGUCUGGUGAGGUAAUGGAAGAACUGGGACAUUUUCAGCUUCUAAGAAUUAUGUACAGCACCACAAUGGGCCUCAGUAUUUAAGCAUGUUAUCUCUGUGCAUUCAAAUUGCCAUUGAUAAAAUGCAAUUGUGUUUGUUGUCCUUAGCUUGUCUGCCAAUACCCCACCCCCACCGUGGUACACUGUUCACAACGUUGAUAUCAGCAAACCGCUGGCCCGCACGACACCAUGCACGCGGUCUGCAAUCUGCCCGGUACAGUUGAAACCGGGAUUCAUCCGCGAAGAGCACACUACUCCAGCGUGCCAAUGGUCAUCGAAGUUAAGCAUUUGCCCACUGAAGUCGGUUAUGACGCUGAACUGCAGUCAGGUCAAGACCCUGGUGAGGAUCACAAGCACGCACAUGAGCUUCCCUGGGACAAUUUCUGCAGAAAUGUUUUGCUUUUGCACACCCACAGUUUCAUCAGCUAUCCUGGUGGCUGGUCUCAGGCGAUCCCGCAGGUGAAGAUGUCGGCUGUAGAUUUCCUGGGCUGGCGUGGUUACAUGUGGUCUGCGGUUGUGAGGCCGGUUGGAUGCACUACCAAAUUCUCUAAAAGGACAGAGGCGGCUUAUGAUAGAGAAUUAACAUUGAAUUCUCUGACAACGGCUCUAAUGGACAUUCCUGCAGUCAGUAUGCCAGUUGCACGGUCCAUCAACUUGAGACGUGGCAUUGUUGUGACACAGCUCUACAUUUUAGUGGCUUUUUAUUGUUCACAGCACAAGGUGCACCUGUGUAAUGAUCAUGCUGUUUAAUCAGCUUUUUUGAUAUGCCACACCUGUCAGGGGGAUGGAUUAUCUUGGCCAAGGAGAAAUGCUUACCA